CUCCAAUCCCAACCUAUGUGUUGGGCGCUAACGACCAGGACACCGUGCACUAUUUUCCAGACGUCAGCGGCUGUGAAUUAGCCGAGAACAUCACUUACCUAGGCCGGAGGGGUGUUUUCAGUGGUGCUUCUGGGCUGCAGAUCGCGUACCUGAGCGGCACCGAGUCCCAGCACGAGCCCGCUCUCGCCUACAGUUUCAGCUCAAAGGACGUGACAGAACUAACAACAUCUUUGCUGUCAACUCCCAAGUUCAGAGGGGUGGAUAUACUGCUGACGUCUCCCUGGCCCAGGGAUGUGGGGAAUUUCGGCAACAGUCCUGGAGAAAUAGAUCCCAAGAAAUGUGGCUCUGCAUUGAUAUCUAAUUUAGCUGCAAGUCUGAAGCCAAGGUAUCACUUUGCUGCGCUGGAGAAGACCUAUUAUGAAAGAGUUCCUUACAGAAACCACACAGUGCUACAGGAAGCCCCACAGCAUGUAAGCAGGUUUAUUGCUCUGGCUGAUGUUGGCAACACAAGCAAGAAAAAGUAUCUCUAUGCGUUCAGCAUUGUGCCAAUGAGCCUGAUGGACCCUGCAGAGCUGGUGAAACAGCCCCAGGAUGUCACGGAAAAUCCAUACCGAAAAUUACGGAAAGAGGCACAUAAGGCCAAGACGCUUGUGUGCGCAGAGGAAGAACCCGCCUGUCAGUUCUUUUUUGAUUUGAACAAGAGCCAGGGGAAGAAACGUCCCUCGGAUGGGAAAGGAGGAGGGAACUCCCAACCCAAGCAGCCUAAAAAGCCCCCACAGCCAACGGGGCCCUGCUGGUUCUGCCUUGCCAGCCCGGAGGUUGAGAAGCACUUGGUUGUUAGUGUAGGCACGCACUGCUAUCUUGCCCUGGCCAAGGGAGGCUUAUUACCUGACCACGUCCUGAUUUUGCCUGUUGGGCACUACCAGUCUGUAGUUGACCUCCCUGCAGAGGUGGUGGAAGAAGUGACCAAGUACAAAUCUGCCCUAAAGGAAUUUUUCAGAAGCCAGGUAAAGAGAUAUGUCUUAUUUGAAAGGAACUAUAAGAGUCAGCACCUGCAGUUACAGGUGAUUCCCCUCCCGUUGAACCUCUGCACUGCCGAAGACAUUAAAGGGGCCUUUAUCACCCAGGCUCAAGAACAGCAGAUUGACUUGUUAGAGAUCCCAGAGCACUCAGAUAUCAAGCAAGUGGCCCAGCCCGGGGCGCCCUAUUUCUACGUGGAGCUGGACACGGGCGAGAAGCUUUUCCAUCGCAUCCGGAAAAGCUUUCCGCUGCAGUUUGGCAGGUUGGUGUAUGUGCAAGGUAUGGAUUUUAUCUGUUUCGAUACUGGUUGA